AUGGCGUCAGAAUUUCACAAGAAGCUCCUUUCGCAGGGUAAUGGCGUCGACUAUCCAAAAAAGGGCGAUGAGGUCAUGAUCGAAUACACCGGCUGGCUGUACGACGCGUCAAAACCCGACCAAGAUUACAAGGGCAACAAGUUUGACAGCUCGGUCGGCCGAGGGGCUUUCAAGACCCAGAUUGGGGUUGGCAGAGUCAUCCAAGGUUGGGAUCACGGCGUGCCGCAAAUGUCGCUGGGUGAGAAGAGCAGAUUGACAAUUCCAGGUAUCCGCUCGAAACCCAUUCUUUACUACAUGGCGGAACUUCAAGCCUGUAUCGACAAGGACUUGCAAGAACUCGCCCUGGGAAUCACGCUUUCUCGAUUGCCGUGUGCUGACUAG